AUGCUCCGGUUGCCGAAUCACGGAGCGCCCUUAUGGGAGAAGGGUGCUCAUCGGCUUUCUAGCACGGAUAUUCCGGCAGAACUUCUGUUGUCUGGGACGGCGAUGAAUCGCCGGUUAUCCGGAAUCGAUGAAUUUCUCUGGGAAACUUAUGUUGUCAUCAAUCGUACCCGAGGAACAGAUUCUGGUGGCUCGAUUGAACAAGCACAAAAACCAAGUUUUCUUCUCAUUGAAUGA